GCUGUCCCUGUCUAAAGCAGUCUAGCAGCUAAUGCUGAAGAGUUGCGUAUUCAGUCUCUCUCUUCUCCUGUGUGCCAUCUACAGUCUUACUCUGGAAUAAUAUUACAUGACAGAGUUCAUAACUACAAGAGAAAGGACAGGCCCACAGGACAACUCAUUGCUGCCUACAAGGAUAUGAAGAUGUCUGACUUGCUUAGUUUUAUUCCCCUCUGCCAUUAUGGAUUGUGAAUUUGCUCUCUGAUCACAAGUCCCCUCCCUGCCAUGUGCUGGAGUGGGAGGUGUGUGUAUGUGUUGAAGGGUUGCUGAAGAUUUGUAAUUGCUGUGAGGAGUGAAGACCAUGGAACCGGCUGCACUUCCUUGUUUAGCUUCUUACAGGCCUGGGUGACACAGAACCACUACUACAGCUUCCUCCUCUCUCCUGGGGACAUGCCAGCUGCAACUUCAGCAUCAUGAAGAGACUUUCCCUGCCCCUGCAAAUUACAUAGGAACUUGGAGGAUUAUUAGACUUCUACAAUUUUGUUCUAUAUUCCAGCUUGUUUUCGGAUUACACAAUUUAUAGGUUGCCAACUCUGAUCAUGGGCUGACUGUUUUUUUGUGGAAUGAGGGCACUUUUAAAAUACUCCUUUUACAUUGGAAAGUUGUUUGUUUUCUUUUUUGAAACAAAUUCCUGCAUAUAUGUAGAUUCAAUGAUGUCUACAGACAGUCCUGUACCACAUGAAGUAUUAUGGGACUUCCCUGUGGCUGAAUUUACUAAUUCACGGAUAAUGGUUUAGCUUUUCUUUAAUAUAUUUACAAAACAUAUGUUUCUCAGUCAUUUAUAGGAAGGUCAGUGUACUUUCUUCCAUGAGUAUCAGAGACUGACAGUCUUGAGUAGCACAUAGGUAAUAUAUGUCAUAUAGUAAUUAUUUUAUCUAUAUAUUAUAGGCGGUAGGGGACUUGUAUUUGCACAGACACCUGUUUAUUAUUGCAGGUCGUCCCCCUAUUGCAGAGUGUUAGCACACACAGAUAUUUAAGUUUUGCUACUAUUAAAGGGCACGGUGAGCAGCGACCCAGGGGGCAGAGGAGGCCGGGCACACGGCCUUGGGGACACACACAGAAGGCCCGGCACCCUUGGGUGCAUAGAAGAGGAGACCCGGUGCCCGGGGGCGCACAGAGGAAGGGUGAGGGAGGCAGUGUGGAGGGAUGUUUUCUCCUCUAUGCCCCCCGAUGCCGGGGAGCUCAGCCCUCCCUCAGCCCCCAGCCACGACCCUCUCCACCUCCUCCUCAGCAGCCUCCUCAGUGUCAGGGCACCGUGAGAGGCCGAGGGAUCCCUCGGGGAGAAGGCGGAGGAGAGACCGGCACAGGAAGAAGAAGCGGAGGCCCCAGGAGACUCAGGCGGCGCUAGUCUCAGCCAUGGGCCUGGGGGAGGAAGGAGAGGUCCCGGUUGCACCGCGGGGACCGAGGCGCCGCCGGGACAGGAAGAAGAGGCAGAGAGAGCGGGACAGGCGGGGGCUGAUGAGGAAGGCCGGGGCCCUUACCGCCGCCGCCACUGUGGAGUAUGACGACGUGAGCUCGCUGUCAGAGGGCGCGCUGUCAGGGGGAGAGCCGGGCCCGGUCGCUCAGGGGCCCCCGCUGCUGGAGCUAGGCUUCAUGCCGUCCCCGGCCUCUGAUAGGUGCCCCUCGCCCACUGUGCAGCACCAGCGCCCGCUACCUCUACUACGUCAGCCCGGGGCCUCCGAGGCCAGCGGCAGGAAGAGGCGAGGCGGCAGGAGGCCGGAGUCCGGGCACCGGCGCAAGGUGGAAGGCCGGACCGAGGACAGGAGGAACAGACUGGGUUUAGGGAACCUACUGACUCCGGAGCCCCUACUGCUCGCUCCGCCCUGGAGGCCUCAGGAGGAGGCCGGGAAGAGGACAGAGCUCCGGGCCGCGGCCUCAUUCAGGCCUAAACGGGAAGAAGCCGCGGCGCCCAGCAAGCAGCCACCCAAGGCCUACAGAGAGGAGCGGUCCUUCCGGGCCUCUUCCCAGGGAAACCACUGCAAGAAAGCCGCCAGCCCCGCCCGUUCCCCCAACCUUGGAUAUGGUGGUCACCGGCAGGGCCGCCGCUCCCCCACCUACGGGACGUUUGACAGAACGGAUACGUCCUCAUCCCCGGCUCGCCGCCCGUACAGCCCGGGCACCAGGCGGAAUGCAAGGUCGCGUAGUAGAAGUCCCUACAAGCAACGGCGAUCUCGGUCUCGAAGCAGACACAGAGUCUCGAGGUCCAGAAGUAGGCAGUCCAGCAUCUCUCCUAGCACACUGACCCUGAAGAGUAGCCUAGCUGCAGAGUUAAACAAGAACAAAAAAGCUAGGGAAGCGGAAGCUGCCAGAGUCUUAGCAAAAGCUUCCAGCACCUCCACUCCUACAAAGGGACAUUCAGAGGCUGCCAGCAACACCCAACAAGCAAACCAUGCCAAGGAGCAGAAGAAAUCAAAAAUGGACUGUGCCCCUUCCCCUUCAGCAAAGAGUGAUAAAGCCACGGUCAAGUCAUUGAAUCAGACACCAUCUAUGGACAAUAACUUACCUGCAGACAAAACAGCCAAGUCAAGCGGAAGGGUGAAUAAGACAGAUACUGUUAAAGUGGAUGUACCGCCUCAAAAAGAGAAGAUCAAAGCAAAGAAGGCUGGAUCAAGUGGCAUUCAGAAAAUUAAAAGUUUUGUGUUGUCACCAACUACACUUUUAUCGCUACCUCUUCCCAGUCCUCUCUCCCAUGAUACAAGCAGUUUCAGAGGCUGUAUCCCAGGAAAGUCUGUCAAGAAGGAAAUGGAGAGAAAACUCUGGCACUUCCUAUCUGAUUUACCUCUCCCGCCAGUCUACAUUGGAAGUGGGGAUUUGUCUUGUAGCCCAGAAGGGAAGAAAACACCGUCAAAGAACAAACGGAGGCCUAAGAUCUGUGGCCCACGCUGUGGGGAAAUCCAUGAGAAUGAAAUUGACUGGGGCAAGCGUUGCGUGGACAAGUUUGAUAUAAUUGGAAUCAUUGGGGAGGGCACCUAUGGACAAGUCUACAAAGCCAGAGAUAAAGACACUGGAGAAAUGGUGGCAUUAAAGAAAGUGCGUUUGGACAAUGAGAAAGAGGGUUUCCCUAUCACAGCUAUUAGGGAAAUUAAGAUCCUUCGUCAGCUCACUCACCAGAGUAUUAUUAACAUGAAAGAAAUAGUGACAGACAAAGAAGAUGCUGUGGACUUCAAGAAAGAUAAAGGAGCAUUUUACUUGGUGUUUGAAUAUAUGGAUCAUGACUUGAUGGGUCUACUGGAAUCAGGGUUGGUGCACUUCAAUGAACUUCAUAUAAGGUCUUUCAUGAGGCAGCUUAUGGAAGGCUUGGACUACUGUCAUAAGAAGAACUUUUUGCACAGGGACAUUAAGUGCUCAAAUAUUCUACUAAAUAACAGGGGGCAGAUCAAGCUUGCUGAUUUUGGACUUGCAAGGCUGUACAGCUCAGAAGAAAGUCGGCCCUAUACCAAUAAAGUCAUUACAUUAUGGUAUCGACCUCCUGAGUUACUUCUUGGGGAGGAGCGCUACACACCAGCUAUAGACGUCUGGAGCUGUGGGUGUAUUCUUGGUGAGCUGUUUACAAAGAAACCGAUCUUCCAAGCAAAUCAAGAACUAGCACAACUUGAACUAAUAAGCCGCAUGUGUGGAUGUCCCUGCCCUGCUGUUUGGCCAGAUGUGAUUAAGUUACCCUAUUUCAACACCAUGAAACCAAAGAAGCAAUAUCGCCGAAAAAUCAGAGAAGAGUUUGCUUUCAUACCCACAGCAGCAUUAGAUCUAUUUGAUCACAUGUUAGCGCUGGAUCCUAGCAAGCGCUGCACUGCUGAACAAGCCCUGCAGUGCGAGUUCCUGCGAGAUGUGGACCCAUCCAAGAUGGCACCACCCGACCUUCCUCUUUGGCAAGACUGCCAUGAAUUAUGGAGUAAGAAACGUAGAAGGCAAAAACAAAUGGGGAUGAUUGAUGAUGCAACAGCACCAAAGGUACCAAGGAAAGAUUUAUCUGCAGGCCUGGAUGACAGCAGAAGUAAUACUCCCCAGGGCAUGCAGACCUCUUCUCAGAAGUCUCAGGGAUUUCCUGGUGUUGGAUUAGGUCACUUAAGCACUGGACAGCAGCUGAGUCAGAAUCAAAUGGCCAUUUUGCUGAAUUUACUGCAGUCUCAGACCAAUGUCAGCAUGACACAGUUUGCUCAAAAUCUGGAUAUCAAGGCGAACUCUGAGACUCCGCAACAACUAAAUAAUCUCAGUCUCCCUGCUGGUAUUUUACCAUCAACUGAUAAACCACCAGAGCCCAAGGAGGAGCCUGCUCUUCCAUCCGCAGCACUGGGCCUUGAGCCACCCUCCUUGCCAUCAUUAUCUUUACUUAAGGCUAAAGCGGAUGCAGCGCCAUCUUCUAUUCAGAACACUUUUGCAGGUUUAUUGUCUCAGUUGUUAAAAGAUCAGGAACCAAAGCAAAGCACUGAGUCAGCGCAAAUGACUCCUGAAGAGAAGAUGAAAGAGGAGAUACUGAAGCCUAAGCGACCUCCAAGCCCUGCACCAAUGGAUGAAAAUGACCCUGAGGACCACCAUGAUCCACACGUUAAAGACCUAUUACCUGAACAAAAACUCCCCUUCAUAUUGCCUCCGGAUCAAAGGCCUCCUGAACCACCAGAACCACCUCCAGUGUGUGAGGAAGACCUUGAUUACCGGAUAGAGAGGCAACAGAUACAAAGCACCAGCAUGUCUGCUUGUGACCCUCAUGUAGGAGUAAAAGCAUCCCUCUUACAGGUUAUUACUCCACACCAGCCUCAGGAAGAGGAUGCAGGUGAUACAGGAUACACUGGGGGGGCAUCAUUUGUGAAAGCACCGGACUGCACUGAAAAUUUUGGGCAAUCUUAUCUCCCAACCACGUAUUGUAGUGACAGGGCUAGUACUAUGUCUACUGGCGUUUUGGAGAGACGCCCUGAAAGUCAGCCCAUAGAUAACUACAGUGCUCCUUCAUCUCAAAUCGGUAAUCGUCUCCCAGCACAUUCUACUUUUCCAGAGCCCUUUUGUAAUUCUGCCACCACUUACAGGGACAGCUACCUCAACGCUAGUUCCAUGUUAUUCAGUGGGGACAAAGACCACAGAUUUCAAUAUAGUCCCAGCCCUACAGUUUUUCUGGGAAACCAUAAUCUCCCUGCGGGAUUGGACAGUCAUAUGAUGCCAACAAAAAUGCAUAACUUUAGCUACAGCACUAAUGUACCAGAGCACCCUGGUCUACCUGCUAUAAUGCACAGACCUCCAUGGGCCUCUCCUUACCAGGGACCUGCCUUUUCACAAGAACAUGGAGGACAUAUGGGCACGUAUGCCAGAGGUCGUGGGAGGGGUUUACCAUUCUAAAUCGUAUUUUCCCUCAGGCAAAUAUUUCUAUCCGAAGUGACUUUUCUUUUCAGCAAAGCUGCAUUUUACAGCAGCCAUAUAAUAGACUUGAGAAUGGAUUUAACAACAGCUUUAUUUUUAUGUAAAAAAAAAAAAAAGGUCUUGCAAUACAACAUUAAACUGAGUGAAGGGAGAUUGAUUCAUUCUGUUUGAGAGCUAAGUAACUACUUUACACUUUGACAAAUAAUAAUGAGAAAAAAAAUCUUUAUUUUGUACUUUGCCAUUUUUAAGUUGAAUAUUCAUUAUAAGGGCAUCAUCUGUAGGUUUUUCCCAUGGCACUUGCAAGAAUUGUGAAGAGUAUGGCACAUUUGUGCUUAUUUUUUUGUACAUUUGGACCAAUGUUUGGUAAUGGCAAGGCAGUGCAUUAAUUCCUUGGUAUUUCUUUAUUUGUAUAAAAACUACCUUUAGUCAAAGGUCACUGAUGGUUCUAUCACUGCUUUCCUUGUCAUUGUGGAACUUGUGCUCAUUUCAGACAAAAAAAACACAACCUUUUUCUUACCAUGCAAACGUUUGAUCAACUUUUUUUUUUCCUUAAGCAUAAAGAAAUAAAUGUUGAUUAAACCGCU